AUGAAAGGGAUGCAUUCACUGAAGUUGAUGCUUGUUAUGAAUUUGGUCAUCCUAUUGACUCAAUUUGAUGGGAAAAAGGCAUGUUUUGAAGAAGAGAGGAUGGGGCUGUUAGAAUUGAAGUCCUUUUUGAAGCAAGAAGUGGUGGAUGUUUCAGACCAUGAUGUACUCCCUUCAUGGGUUGAUGACCCAAGGAGUGAUUGCUGUGGUUGGGAGAGAGUUAGCUGCAACUCAACCACCCGACGGAUUGUUAAAAUCUCCCUCUCUCUUAUAGGAGGGAUUAUACAAGGUUGUCAUAAUGAUUUUGUGUUUUCAUCCUAUUUGAAUGUUACCUUAUUCCAGUCUUUUAAAUAUCUAAAAACUCUCAAUUUAUCCUACAGUUAUAUUAGAUGGCAAGAGAACCAAGGUUUGCUAAGGCUACAACAGUUGGAGACCUUGGAUCUUUCUGGUAACGGCUUAACAAGUAGCCAUCUGCAGUCCUUGAUGGAACUCAAAUCUCUUAAGAAUUUGAUUCUUAGUUGCAAUUCCUUCAACGGAUCCUUCCCUACCCCAGAACUAUCUGGUUUUGAAAACUUGGAGACAUUGGAUUUAAGUUGGAAUUCACUAAGUGACUCCCCAGGGGAGUUGGACGCUACGAAUUUCUCAAAGCUGAGGAAUGUAGUGCUGCAUGACAAUUACUUCAAUUCUACUGAGAUUCUGAGGUUGCUGGGUUCACUUCCGUCGCUCAGGUCUCUUGACCUUUCCUCUAAUAUGCUGGGAAUGGAAAGCACUCUGUCGAAUCAAGAUUUGAUAACUUUAGGAAGAUUGGAGCUAUUAGAUUUAAGCAGGAAUUAUUUCAAUGGGAGUAUUCCUCAAAAUCUUGGGAAGCUAUCCUAUCUUAAAGCGCUAUAUUUGGCAGGCAAUCUAUUCAAAGGGUCUUUACCGGUCCCAGGCUUGUGCGAAUUGAGGAGACUUCAAGUGUUGGACAUUAGUCAUAAUAGGUUGGAAGGAACCCUUCCUUCUUGCCUGAGCAAUUUGACAUCUCUUAAGGUUUUAGAUGUGCAUGAUAACCUACUCAGUGGCUCCAUUACUCCACAUUUAAUACCAAGUCAAAAGUUUCUUCAGUUCAUCGAUAUUAGCAAAAAUGUUUUUGAAGGUUCCUUCUCUUUCAGCUCGAUGUUCAAUCAUUCCAAGCUUGAGGUGAUCGUACUUGGAGGCACAACAAACAAGCUACAGAUUGAUAAUGACAACCAAGCUGGGAAUGGGAUUCCGUUGUUUCAACUAAAGGUAUUGCAACUUUCUAAUUGUAGCAUGAAGAAUGCUCCACUUUUUUUGCUAAACCAGCACCGAUUGAUAUGGGUUGAUAUCUCACACAAUAAGUUGAGCGGAGCCAUCCCUUCCUGGUUGCUUCAAAGCAACACGGAUCUAAAGUUUCUGAAUCUUAGGAAUAAUUCUUUUACUGGGAAACUUGACCCUUUUCCACAACAUCCUCUGAGUAGUAUGGUUCAUAUGGAUGCAUCAUACAAUCAUAUUGAUGGCCAUCUUCCUAAGGAUCUUGGAAUUGUACUUCCAAAUUUACAAUAUCUUAAUUUAUCUUAUAACUUCUUUAAAGGCGAGCUCCCAUCCUCAGUUGGUGCCAUGAGGAAGUUGUUGUUGUUGGAUUUAUCCUUCAAUAAUUUAUCAGGGAAACUUCCAAACGAAUUGGUAAAAAACUGCACUGAUUUGGGGGUUUUGAAGUUAAACAAUAACAAUUUUCGUGGUGAUUUUUUUUCCACUCACUUUAACUUGAGUGACUUACGAGCUUUGGAAUUGGGAAACAAUGAGUUCACUGGAGGCCUAAUGACAAAAGAGGAAUUUUAUGCUGAGAUGCGAAUUUGUGAUGUUAGCAACAACAAAAUGACUGGAAAGAUUCCUAAUGGAAUAGAUGCUAAGGUUCUUUUACUGCAGAGCAAUUCUUUUGAAGGCCAAAUUCCAUGCGAAGGAUUUUUUAAUGCCCAAGUUGUUGAUAUUUCUCAUAACUUUCUGUCGGGACAAGCACCUUCAUGCUUAAUAUCCAAGGCUUUUUCAUAUGUUAAGUUGUUGAACUUAAGAGAUAAUAGAUUGUCAGGAAAUAUUCCUGCAGAAAUUAGUUUUUUCCCUAGCCUAAGAAUUCUUUUGUUAGGAAAUAAUCGUUUCAAUGGCCUGAUUCCAAGACAAUUGUGUCAAUUAAGAGACAUAAGCAUAAUGGAUCUUUCCAACAACUUCUUUUCUGGGUCAAUACCAAGUUGCUUGAGUAAUGUCUCCUUUGGCAAUUAUUUCAGUUAUUCCUGGGGAAAUUUAACGUUUUCUUAUUGGAAUAUCAGGCAUGAAGAUGGUUACAGUGAUCUAUAUCCCCUUGUACGACUUUAUGACUUUACUAGUUUCUGGGACAAUGUUAAGUUAGAAGAUCAGUAUGUGUUUAAUAUAGACUUUGUCACUAAAAAUAGUCUACUUUCUUUCAAAGGAAACAUUCUGAGUUACAUGUCUGGAUUAGAUUUGUCAUGUAACAAUCUGACAGGCGCAAUUCCUCAGAGUCUCGGGAAGUUGUUCUCCAUUCGUGCACUCAACUUAUCCCACAAUCAUCUGACAGGGCAUAUCCCAGUUUCGCUGUCAAAUCUAUCCCAAAUUGAGAGUUUGGAUUUUUCUUACAACAAUUUAAGUGGAAGAAUCCCAUCAGAGUUGGUCGAUCUUAACUUCUUGGCAGUCUUCAGUGUCGCGCACAAUAAUUUAUCAGGCGGAAUUCCAGACAAAGGGCAAUUCGCAACAUUUGGAAUCAACAGUUAUAAAGGAAAUCCAUUUCUUAAUGGGCUGCCAUCAGAGAAGAACCGCAUCAAACCUGUAGAGAUACUAUUAUCAUCAGAUGAAACUGAAGAAAAAUGGUAUGAUAUUGAUCGUACAUUUUUCAUUUCAAGUUUUGUUGCAACGUACGGUGUCUUCUUAUUGACUUUUGGGGCUCUUCUCUACAUCAACCCUUAUUGGCGAAGUCGAACAUUUGAUGAUAGUGGAGCUCUUUAUCGGACUCUAAAGUUCCGUGGAGUUAUAGGGAGAGAAAGAACACCGGUUGUGCUUUCGCUUUAUUUCGGUUGUUCGUUUUCUUCCCAACAAAUUGGUAUCGGAGCUUGGUUAUUGUGUCAGAUAAUUAUGGAAAUUAAUACGAGCAAGAUGAUUAUGUUAAAUGGCACAAAUUAUCAACUUUGGCGGAAUAAAAUGAAGGACUUGUUGUUUGUUAAGGCUUUGCAUCUUCCGGUCUUUACUACUCAAAAACCCGAUUCGAAAAGUGAUGAAGAAUGGGAAUUUGAGCAUCAACAAGUGUGUGGCUUUAUUCGGCAAUUUGUUGAAGAAAAUGUUUACAACCACAUUGAUCAGGAGACACAUGCUCGAACAUUGUGGGAGAAGCUUGAAAGCUUGUAUGCUUAG